UUGUCUACAAAUUUACACCGGCCUUCUAUCUACUUUCUUUGCUCCCGCCUUUCUAGAAGAUCCUCUUGGAAGCCCGAUACUCCAACUUGUCUACCCGGCCCCGAGGCGGUGGCAGCGGCCGCCGAAGCAUUCAGUGCCGUCCGAAGUCUCUUUGCGAAUCCCUACGCUCUUCCACCCGCCCACUUGGGCUUCCGUCCGGAUUCUGGUCCACAAUCCAGAGGCACGGGACCACAACAGGGUAGUGAGAGCCUGGGAGGAUGCAAUCCAAGCGAGCUACCUCCCACGCCUGCUCAGACUGGCUUCAGAAGCGGCAUGUUUAAUCCCUAUCCCGGUCACCGCAGCUCCGGCUAUGCUCCUGGAAGCAACGGCACCGGGUACCAACGCGGUGGAAAGAAGCGGUCUCACUCACAGUCCUCGGUCCAUGACCUCCUGGACAUCCCUAGUCUCACUCGGAGUUCCCAGGGGUCUCUCAACAUGAUCCAGGCGAUGCAUACCUCUCGCAGCGGAGUCUCCAGC